GGCUGCUGUCACUGCUCCUGAGUAACUGGGUCUGUCUUCCUUCGCAGUUAAGCUUUGUGGUCGACCAUGAAUGCUAGUGGCCCUGGAUAUCCGUUAGCCUCUCUCUACGUGGGAGACCUCCACCCAGACGUGACCGAGGCCAUGCUCUAUGAGAAGUUCUCGCCUGCUGGGCCAAUAAUGUCCAUCCGCGUCUGUCGGGAUGUCGCCACACGCCGGUCACUGGGCUACGCCUACAUAAACUUCCAGCAGCCUGCAGAUGCUGAGCGAGCCCUGGACACCAUGAAUUUUGAAGUGAUCAAAGGCCGGCCCAUUCGAAUCAUGUGGUCCCAGCGAGACCCCGGGCUCAGGAAGUCGGGGGUGGGAAACGUCUUCAUCAAGAACCUGGAUGACUCCAUUGAUAACAAAGCCUUGUACGAUACGUUCUCGGCUUUCGGAAAUAUCCUGUCUUGCAAGGUGGUUUGUGAUGAAAAUGGAUCCCGUGGUUACGGCUUUGUUCACUUUGAGACCCACGAGGCAGCAACUCGAGCCAUUGAGACCAUGAAUGGGAUGCUGCUCAAUGACCGGAAGGUAUUUGUUGGCCAUUUUAAAUCCCGCAAAGAGCGUGAGGCGGAGUUUGGGGCUAGGGCAAUGGAAUUCACCAAUGUCUACAUCAAAAACUUUGGGGAUGACAUGGAUGAUGACAGACUGCGGGAGAUAUUCUCCAAGUUUGGAAAGACACUAAGUGUUAAAGUCAUGAUGGACAACACUGGCCGCUCAAAGGGCUUUGGAUUUGUCAACUUUGAGAAGCAUGAGGAAGCCCAGAAGGCCGUGGCUGACAUGAACGGGAAGGAGAUCAACGGGCGGUUGGUGUAUGUGGGCCGAGCCCAGAAGCGUCUGGAGCGCCAGAGCGAGCUGAAACGGAAGUUCGAGCAGAUCAAGCAGGAGAGAGUGAGCAGGUACCAGGGGGUCAACUUGUAUGUGAAGAACCUGGAUGACGGAAUAGAUGAUGAGAGGCUGAGGAAGGAGUUUUCUCCGUACGGCACUAUCACCAGCGCAAAGGUGAUGACAGAGGGUGGACACAGCAAAGGGUUUGGGUUUGUAUGUUUUUCCUCCCCAGAAGAGGCUACCAAGGCCGUGACAGAAAUGAAUGGACGGAUCGUUAGCACUAAGCCUCUCUACGUUGCACUUGCACAAAGAAAAGAAGAGCGGAAAGCAAUUCUCACCAACCAGUAUAUGCAGAGAUUAGCCACCAUGAGGGCCCUGCCUGGCCCUCUCCUUGGCUCCUUCCAGCCUCCAGCGGGGUACUUCCUACCCCCCAUCCCUCAGCAGCGUAUCCUGCAGCUACCCCGAUCCUGAGGGCUGCCGCACCGCCCCGGCGCCUGCUGUCCAACAUCAGCACCAUGAGACAGGCAUCCACCCAAGUGCCUCGCGUGCCCCCCCAGGCCCAGAGAGUGGGUGAGUGGAAGAAGGACCUGGCUUGGACUUGGCCAUAGUGGAUACGCGUUGGCAAGGGUGUUUGCUGCAAGCUCGUGUCCGCCUCCGAAGAUGGAUCAGUUUAUGUGAUCGUUCAUGAAGGAGUCCAGAUGGUGCCCUGUGUCGUGGGACUGGAGCAGAGUCUGUAGUAAAUGUGUGCAACUUUGGGGGAAGGUUGUGGUCUUGCAGGUAAUGGAACAGGUCUGUGAUAUGCCAACUGGUCUUGUUUGAUGCUGCUCCUUGAGUGCAUUCAUUAAAGAUGAUGGUGUAGCUAUGGUGGUCUAGAUGGUGUUCAGACUAAGGCUGAGAGAAACAACCUGUGGAAAGACCUCCUGGACUAAAGUGAAGGCUCUUAUUUGCUCUGGCUGAACAGCUGCCAAGGUUGUGCGACUCCAAUAAAGCAUGUUCAUGUUAGGUGUUCGGGGCUAUGGUCUGAAAAGCAGAUCUUGCUGACGUCUCCCCAGUGCCUUGCUCUGGUGCAGCUGUCCCUGUGUGACCAAAGUGCCAAACUAGGAAUGUCCCGUCCAUCCUGCCAGCAGGACACGGCUGUGCUUUUCCCCUUUCUACCCUGUUACUUUUCUGCUGUUUGUGUUAGCUUGAGUGAUGAGGAGGCUUACUGAGCCCCGUAGGCCCAGAUCAGAGGAUGUGUGCAAGUAGGUUGCUGCUCUUCCUGUCUCCUCUGCAGGCAGGAUUUGAGGGGAGGCAUAAGUAGUGCGAGGUGGAGGCUGCAUGCAUGGUGAGCAGGUAAAAGCCUGAGGUCCCCCGAAAGGUGGGACCAUCUUUUUGGGGGGAGGGGGAGGAAGAACCUUACAGCUGUUCCAUCUUUGUGCAAUUUAGCCCAACUUUUCUUUUUGGCAUCAAGCCUUUUAUUGAAGCAAGCAGGGUGGGCACCAGAGAGGGUGUUCUGCCAGGUCCCCACAGCCGAGGGGCUGCUGGAGGGAGGGUGCCGGGGUUUUCCCCGAUGACUUGGGCAUUGUCUGGUUACAGACUGCGCUGCUGCUGCUCCCCUUGGGAGCUGGGUGGUUUUAUUGCUGUGUUAAAUUGAACGUUGCCUGUUGAUGUCCUCAGUUGUUCCUUUUCUCCUUUUUUUCCCGUUUUUUUUUUCUUUUUUUCCUCUGACUUCACCUCCCCGCAAAAGGGAAGCAAGCCUGGGCUGGUGGCAGGGAGAACAGGAGCAUUUGUUUGGCUGUUGCAUCUCAGUCCUCCGUGGGGCACUGGCCUGUCCUUUGGCUUCUUAAGUAGAUGGAUGUUUCUCUAGGCGAGAUGACAAGGCGUAGGUGUCUCCGCCAGCUCUCCCUCUACUCAAAGCCAAGCAACGCCAGGGUCCAGCGGGCAGGACAGUGUCCUGCUUGCCCUGAUGGAGCAGCUUGUGGGCUGCUGUGGGCCCGAGAGGGGAGCUUUAGGCCAUCUCGCUGAGCGCGUUGCCCUCGUGGCUUUGGCGUGUUAAGUCUUGGCGCAGAUGUGUAUUUAACUGGCCCUUCCUUACAAGCGUUCCCCUCUCCGUUGCAGCCAACAUAGGGACCCAGACAGUCAGUGCUCGAGUACCCUCCUCGCCCACCCUGCCGCGGGGCGCGCAGCACUACAAGUACUCC